CUGGCCCCUGUCUCGAUAAUGCAGAUAGUGUCAUUAGCUCAGAGAAGCUCUGUGACAGUUUACAAACUUUUGAGUAGAUACUUGUCGCCGAUCAGCGAAACAAUUGUACUCGAUCUUAGGAUGAAUACCAACGGAUUGAACCUAGUGGCCGAACUAUUGGGUACAACCAAUGAUGUCUUUUUAUCCCAGACGGCACAGUACACCGUACCUCGAUUGGUGUCAUUAUCGAACAUACCCAUCCUCGAACGCCUAGCUAGUGUGAUUCAAGAUACCCUUUCAAACAUCAUAUCUGAUCAUAUGGUAAAGAUACUCGCCGAACUUUGCCUACUUCCGGAUCUCCAGAUGACUAAACAAAAAAUCGAAAAUUUAAUCUUGUUACUCAACAAAGGAGACAAAUCUGCUCAGAACAAUCAAUCCCCGAAAUUCUCUCUUCUCACAUUGGCAGCAUACUGUAGUGGUCCGCUUUAUUUCGAAUUGAUUGUUGAAAUGAGAGAUUCUACUGAAAGAUGCCUGAACAAAAAUCCAAGAUGGGCUUUGUCGAACGCGUUCCGCUUGGCACACCCACAAAUCGGCUUCAAUACCAUUGUUAAAGAUCAGGAGGUUGAGGAUGAGUUGAGACAUCAGAUGCUAUUCAUCUUGACAGUAAUGAACGAUACACUUCAAGAUUUACGAGGCAAAUAUUCGAUUGGAAAUAAAAUCAAGGUCAUGGAAGGCUUGGGGAACUUGAUCAAGAUUGUGAAAUCUGGCGUGAACGGCUUUAUACCGCAAAUCGCCACAACCUUACAGGCUGCUCUAUCAAUCCCGGCUGUCAGGGGUCCAACUCUCAGAGUCUGGGAUUUGUUUAUCAAGGCUUCCUCAGCGAACGAUAUAAAGGCCUUUGUUGGUCAAAUUUCUGCCGCUCUCGUAAGCGUUUGGACCGAAUUGACUCCUGAACAAUUGACCAUCACCACCAAGAUAUUUCAUCAAAUCCUCAAGAAAUCAAAAGAGCUCGGUACCAACGUCUACGAUAUCGCCGACAUCACCGGUCUUGAGAUGCCGAUUUUACGAUCAAACACGCAUCCGCUCAUCACAUCCGAUGUUCAUGAACUUUUAAAGGAGGCACAACAGAUGCUCGUCUCAAUCAAGAGACCAAUGUCAUAUCUACAUAAACUACGUAGGCUGGUCGAUCGGCUUAAUGAUGAAAGUGGAAUCGUCGUCAGGCAAUCGCUAAAAGAACUCAAGCAUUCACUAUAUCUCGAACCAGAUCAGAUCAGGUUAGUCACCUCGGGUGAUAGUUUCGAUCCUGUGAUCGGAAGCUUGUUGAAGGCUCUGACUGGGGUAGCGAUGAGAUUCAAUGAUAUCUCUGAUGACUUCAAGUGUCUCACAUUUCAAUGUCUUGGAAUCAUUGGGGCAUUAGACCCUGAUCGGUUCGAAAUAUCUGAUGACACACCUGGAUGUAUUUCACCAUGUAACUUUACGGAUCACGAAGAGGCCAUCGAGUUUGCUAUUCACCUGAUCCAAGAUGAAUUAGUUGGAGCAUAUAGGGCAGCUAGCGAUACGAGACAUCAGCAUUGUCUUGCUUAUGCCAUCCAAGAGCUUUUACGGUUUUGUGGUUUUACUCCGGACAUACUGGUUCAAUCUCAUAAGAAGAAUGUCUUGCCAGAGGUACGUAAGAGAUGGAAGGCGAUGCCUAAGGACAUCAUUGAUGUUCUCUCACCUCUUUUGAGCUCGAAAUACACAAUCGUUAUCCAUGCCCCACACCCUUUACCGGUCCCAAUCUACUUACAAACGACAGUCUACAAUUCUUGGUUACAAAACUGGUAUACCAGGCUCGUACCUGUGAUCAAGAACGUCAACGCGGCAAAAAUCUUCAAUACUCUCUUGGGUGCUUUACGCAAUGGCUCUAUCAUCCUUGCUCAAAAUGUCUUACCACAUCUUAUCGUACAUGUUUUGGUUGCCGAAGAUAUUGAAGAAGUCAAAAACGUCAAACUCGAGAUUGUCACCAUCCUUGAAGACCAAACGUUGUGCAAAAGCGACUAUUCCCCUGAGGGAAGACAGUUGGUAGCUGAGACCGUUUUUGGUCUCAUGGAUCACUGCAGUCGAUGGCUGAGAGAUCGCCAUAAAUCGAGAGCAUCGAAAAGACGGGAAUCCGUAAACACUGUGGACUCGGCAGCAAUUCGAAUGCAAUCUUUCAUAUCAGACAUCAGUCCUGAGUUAUUGGCAACGGCAGCUCUUUCUUGCAAGGAUCAUGCCCGAGCGCUUUUGAAUCUCGAACAACGGAUAUGGGUACUAGAGGAAUCAAGGGAUAAAGCCAAAGCUGAUAUUGUUACAUAUUAUGAGCGUGUUCAUCAAAUUUAUUCAGAAAUUGAUGAACCAGAUGGAAUGGAAGGUAUUUCCACCAAGAUCCCUGCACCUUCUAUCCUACAUCAAAUCAGAGAACAUGAAUCGACUGGCCGGUGGACUUCAGCACAAAGUUGUUGGGAAGUUGAGUUACAGAAACAACCAGAUGAAUUAAGCUCUCAUAUUGGCUUGCUUCGUUGUUUAAAAAAUCUAGGACAUUAUGAUUCCUUACGUACCCAUAUCCUCGGUGUACUCAAGAACCAUCCCCAAUGGGAGAGCGAGCUGGCAUCAUUCUCGGUAGAGUCAAGUUUGGUAUCUAACGAUUGGAAAGGUUUGACGCGUGCUAUUCAGAUGGGAUCCCCCGAUAGUCCUGAGAUCAUUUUGGGAAGGGUGAUUGAAACGAUGCUAACGUGUGAUCAAAUGACGAUUGAUAAGAACAUGAGUGAGGCCUACAUCAAACUUGGUAAUCAAAUCCUAGGUUCGACUCGAAAAGACGUUUACAGACGAGUUUAUGACUCUGUUCUGUAUCUUCAUAUCCUUCAUGAGGUUCCAUUGAUUGAUGAUGUUUGUAAAAGGAUAUAUUCGAUCAAUGAUGUUUUACCGACUCAAGAUCGACUAUUCUCAGGUGGUUAUCUGAUGAAAACACUUCAAUCGAGGAUCGAUGCUAUCUCACCUGCAUUCCGUCAUCGAGAACAAGUGCUUCGUCUCAGGAGGGCAGCCUUUCAACUUAGAUGUCGAGGAACUCCUGCAGUAGGCCAGUUAUGGGUCCAAACCGCGAACAUCGCACGUAAGGCUGGACACUUACAAACAUCAUAUAGUGCUGUUCUACAAGCUUCAGAGCUUAAGACGCCUACAGCCUUUAUCCAACGAUCGAAAUUGUUGAAAUUGGAAGACCAACCACAUAAAGCGAUAGCCGAACUCGAAAGGAAUCUCGAUCAUUGUACUCCGAAGGAUAGUGCUGGUAUGUCGGAUGAUAUAUCGACCCGAGAUUAUGCAAAGGCUUGUCUACAACGUGCUCGAUGGAUGGAUGAAGUUGAUAGAUAUAAUGUGAAUUUCAUAGUUAGCAAGUUUGAUAAAUUAACAUCCGAACAUCCAGAAACAUUGACGUAUGGUACUAAGUUUAUUUAUCAAGCUUUACCAAGGAUGUUAACUUUAUAUUUUUCAUUGGGUGAACAUCAAGAGAUUGUUCGAAUUUUGAAAUUGGCUGAACGUAAGAAGAGAGGGUCAUGUGAUUCUCUUUUUUCAUUUCAGUGGCUCACUGUUCUACCACAAGUCGUCUCUCGUGUCAUGCACAAGAGUACACAUGUACAAGCGCUUGUGCACAAGAUUCUAACUCACGUACUUAGAUCGUACCCUGAUCAAGCAUUGUGGGCUAUGGUAUCAGGAGUCGAAUCUUCAAAUGCUGCGCGAUCUAGUCGAUGUACUUGGGUCUUGAACGAUGCAAAGAACUCACAAGUCGAUCCUCAAACACUUACACGAAAGUUUGAUCAAUGUCGUAAACUAGUACGACAACUUCUUUUCCUAUGUAACUAUCAACUACGAGAUCAUCGAAAGCUCAGUUUGAAUGAACAUUUCCCGGCCUUACAACAAUGUGCACCAUGUGAAUUGAUCGUUCCAUUACAAUCUUCAUUGAUCGCGAGUCUUCCUCCACACGAUUUGAACUUUGCUUCACAUGCUCCUUUUCCUCAUAACCUUGCUUGUAUUGCUGGGUUUUCGGAUGAGAUCAUUAUUAUGACUUCGUUACAAAAACCAAGGAAGAUAUCGAUACGUGGAUCUGAUGGAAAAGAUUAUCCGUUUCUUUGUAAACCUAAAGAUGAUUUAAGAAAAGAUGCUAGAUUGAUGGAAUUUAAUUCGAUGAUUAAUAAGCUUUUGAAAAAAGAUUCUGAAUCGAGGAAACGUAAUUUGCAUAUUAGAACGUAUGCUGUAGUCGUCUUGAAUGAAGAAUGUGGUUUAUUAGAAUGGGUUCCACAUACUCUUCCACUUCGAAAUAUACUACACGCUUUAUAUUCUACUAAAGGAAUUCCAAUCUGGGUAAUUGAUUCAAACUUUUUUUUGAACAGAUAUCCACCCAUUUUUCAUCAUUGGUUUAUGAGUAAUUUUCCAGAUCCUGCUUCUUGGUUAAGAAGUAGACUUGCUUAUGGUAGAACAGCUGCAGUGAUGUCGAUCGUAGGAUUCGUAUUAGGGUUGGGUGAUCGACACGGAGAGAAUAUCUUAUUUGAUUCAACUACAGGUGAUACAGUUCAUGUAGAUUUCAAUUGUUUGUUUGAUAAAGGUAGAACGUUUGAAGUAGCCGAAAAGGUUCCUUUUCGACUCACUCAAAACAUGGUAGCUGGUCUUGGUGUCAGUGGAGUGGAAGGAUUCUUUAGGAAAGCAUGUGAAGUGACGAUGAUGAUCUUAAGGAACAAUAAGGAUUCAUUGAUGAGUGUAUUGGAAACUUUUGUACAUGAUCCUUUGGUGGAUUGGAUGCCAUAUGGA